AUGUGGCAUUUGCUCUUUAUCUUAGAUCUGGAUGAGUCUAGGAGGACACAGAGAUGAUAGUCCCACCUCCUCAUGAAGGAGGUGCGUUUGACCCUCAAGCUCCUGGCAGAACAUAAUGAAUGAAUGCCUGUCUGGACGAAACAUGCACCUCCUCUGGGACAUCUGGUGAAAUAUUUUAUUCCUCUGAGUCUGGGGAGAAAAGUAAUCUGUGACCCGUUGAGUUUGAGUGGUGCGUGAUGACCGUCACUUACACCGCCAGAGUGGCCAAUGCGCGCUUCUGCGGCUUCUCCAAACUGCUGCUGGCCUGGAAGGGAAGCAUCUACAAAGUCCUGUACAAAGAGUUUCUGGCUUUCUUCGCCAUGUACACGGCAAUCAGCAUCACAUACAGAUUCUUCCUUGUGAACGAUCAGAAGAGAUACUUUGAAAAGCUUUCCAUUUACUGCAACCACUACGCCAGUCUCAUCCCAAUGUCCUUCGUAUUAGGGUUUUACGUGACAUUAAUAGUGAACCGCUGGUGGAGUCAGUACACCUUCAUCCCGCUGCCGGACAGGAUCAUGUGCACGCUCUCCGGGGGUGUGCAGGGCGGGGAUGAGCACGGCAGGCUACUGCGCCGCACACUGAUGCGCUACGCCAGUCUGUCCGCGCUCCUGAUCCUGCGCUCCGUCAGCACCGCCGUCUUCAAGAGAUUCCCUACGAUGGAUCACGUCAUGGAAGCAGGUUUUAUGACAAGAGAAGAGCGUAAGAAGUUUGAGAGUUUACACUCACCCUAUAAUAAGUACUGGAUCCCAUGUGUGUGGUUCACUAACCUGGCUGCAGUCGCCCGCUGUGAGGGCAGAAUCAAAGAUGACAAUACUUAUAAACUUCUGUUGGAGGAGCUGAAUGAUUUCAGAGGGAAGUGCAGCAUGCUUUUUCACUAUGACAUGAUCAGCAUACCGUUGGUCUACACGCAGGUUGUGACUCUGGCGGUGUACAGUUUCUUCCUGGUGUGUCUGAUUGGUCGUCAGUUUCUGGACCCGAGUCAGGGUUAUCCGGGUCACGACCUUGACCUUUACGUCCCCAUCUUUACCCUUCUGCAAUUCUUUUUCUAUGCUGGCUGGUUAAAGGUGGCAGAGCAGCUCAUAAAUCCAUUUGGAGAGGAUGAUGAUGACUUUGAGACCAACUGGUUGACUGAUAGAAACUUCCAGGUGUCUAUGAUGGCGGUGGAUGAGAUGUAUGGAGAUUUGCCCAUGAUGGAGAGAGAUCGUUACUGGAAUGAUUCAAAUCCUCGUCCGCCGUACACAGCCGCUACGCUCUUUGUGCUGCGCAAACCCUCUUUCCAGGGCUCCACCUUCGACAUGGCAAUCCCCAAAGAGGACAUGCAUUUCCAGCCUCUGGAGGAGAUUGCUGAAAACUUGGAGGAAUCUGUGACACGGAAUCACAACCUCGCCCUCUUUAACCGGCUCCUGGGCUCCGCCCCCUCUCCCACAGGCUUUAUGGGUGGAGCCUUGCGGCGCACCUCCGCCCAGCUGCAGCGUUUGACGCAUUCCGUCAGCUCGGACGCGUCCUUCUCCGACGCGGAGGACGAUGAAGAGAAGAGCCUGGGGAGGAGCGCGGGGACGGCCGGAUCCAUGCCUUCUGGACUCGGGCUGGACACCACUCAGAGCACCAUCUGCAGCUGUGGAGCACUCAUCAGCACCUGUCCUCCGCUGUCCGAUGUGGAGUUCCACAAGCAAGUUGAGAGAGAUGGAAAAGAUGAAGAGAAAGACGAGAAAAUGAUGGAAAAAGAGUCACUAGUGCCCAAAAUCCCACCACCCACAGCGCAGGCGUCCGCAGGAAGGAGUCCUUCUCUUGCUCUGGGCCGAAUCAAGUCUCAGUUCUGUUCCUCAAGCGCCACCAACUGCUCUGUACCCGACUUCUUCUCUUUUCAGCCUAUCAGUGACCCGGCAAAGGUCAUGACCCCAAAACCACAACCGACCAAUAGCAAAGCAGAAGCAGUAUCUUUACUGACUGUCCCAUCGCAUGAAGUCUCGAUAUUCCCAGAGAAUUCAGAAAGAAAGCAGAUGCUGGCAGAUUCGCAGUGGCUGCCAUCUAAUGCUCAAAUUCAAUGUCAGCGUGUAGGUUUAGGGUCAGAGGUCACAGGGUCAGGAAGUAAGGUCAAAGAGUGACCAAAUACACCUGGAAUUUUUUUUUUCCCCACAUUGAGCAUCAUGAUCACGUUAUAUUAUUUUAUAUUAAUACAUGCAAUCAGAAAGUGUGGAUGCUCUUGUCUGAAGAUUAUUUGACAUUUUUAAACUGUAUUUUUAGAUUCUUCUGAAAAUGAAUGGUAUGAUAAAGUAAUCAUGUGACAGAACAUUGAUAAUCAGCACUGAAAUCGAUCUAUUUUUUUUCUAGUUUCUUGAAAAAGUUAAUGUCUAGAUAAAAUAGCAACAUGUGGAAAAUUCUCAUUUGAACACACACACACACACACACAUAAUAUAUAAAUAUAUAUAAACAAUAAUUGAAAGAAUAAAUAUGACACAGGCAAUGUUCUUAUGAAUACGAAAAAUAGUGCUCAGAUGCUAAUUAGGUUUGAUAGUGAUCCAAACGGCAAUGAUGGAAAUGAUCCUCAUGUGGGCAGUAUUGCAGCAUUGUAAGAUUUCUGGUGCUUUUAGAUCCAUAAGUGCAAUAUAAAAAAGAAACAACAUACAGCAAAUAAAGCUAUGCAGUUAUUCUUCAUAUUCUAUAGUUUACAACAGAAAUGAAGGU